AUGAAAGUUACGGUUUGUUUUGAUAAGGUCAAAAUAGUUGUACCUUGUGGUGAUGGCAAUGACACUAUUGAACAUUUGAUGGCUGAGGCGUGUAGGAGGUACAAAACAAACUACAACAACCACGAUUUAGAGUACAAAGACAUGAAGUUGUAUCUUGAAGAUGGAGGAAUAUUGGAUCCAAACGACAGAAUUGCUGAUGUCAUUGAUGAUAAAGAACACGUUUUCGUUACCUUUGAGGUAAAAAAUAUCUCAGACCACCUGAACAAAAUUAGUACAAGCAACAAUAAUUUGUUGAUUGAGACGUCAAAUCAUGGAGAUAGGAGCUAUAUGAAAGAAAGAAAAAUUGACAUCACUGAUAUUAACAAUAACCUCGUCACUAAUGAACAUCAGUUGAAUGUUGGUAAAAGUAAAAAGUUAAUGGAAGAAAUCAGACCAGGAAAUUUGAGCAAUUUUCAAAUGCUCGUUGAUGAAAAUUUUGUUGAAAACCUCAAUCUUAUUGACGGUGAUGUCUCAUUCACCGAUUCCAACGUUCCACAAAAUGAAGUUGUCAUAACAAUUGAUGACUUAAAGGAAGAUACAAAAUUGAAAGUGAGACAUAACAGCGAUCCCUGUUUGAAUAGACGAACUUCUGAAAACUUUAAUAAAAGUAACAAGCCAAGUAUGUCACGCCGGAAGUCUUUGAACCAGCUGGCAGUUGACCAUCAACCCACAGGAACUGCUUCGAACGCUGGCAAUUCAGUUUUGUGUACUGAUGGCUUUGUUGCAGCCGAUCCGAGAAGUAUGAGGAAUGAUGUCUGUGCAGAUGUGCAACAUGCAGACGAUGCAGCAGCAGUUGGGCUGAGAUUUGCCGGCAGUCGUGUUGGCAUCAGUGGCAGCAGGAAUUUUCAAAUUAUUCAAGAAGAAAAUGUGAAGAGCGUAACGAUAAAGACGAAUUUGCAAAAACUUGGCAUUCAUGUCUCUCCAAAACAAAAUGAUAAAGGAGAUUAUGAAGAUUUUUGUGACAGCAUCCUCAAAUUUUUGAGCGAUUUUUUUCAAAACUUGUACCUACGUAGAACGCUAUAUCUCUUGAACUAG